CACUCUAACCUGCACUUCCACUUGCUUGGUGAUCGCCCCAGAUUUUCCGACCACCCCGAGAUUCUAUAGGAAAAAGACAUUUCGCUGAAAUUAGAAAUUUGAAUCGGAUUAGGUGGAUCACGAUAGCAUGGCGGAGCAUUCUGAAAGUCCGAUUGAGUCGGUGAUGGAGAAGAUAAGCGAGAAGAUUCACGCUCAUGAUUCGUCAUCGUCUUCUGAUUCCGAUUCGGAAUCAAAUAAGAAACCGGAUUCGCCUUCUUCAGUGAAGGCGAAAAUUUUUCGAUUGUUUGGGAGGGAGAAACCAGUACACAAGGUUUUUGGUGGAGGAAAGCCUGCUGAUGUGUUGUUGUGGAGAAACAAGAAGAUCUCAGCUGGUGUGCUUGGAUUUGCCACUGCAAUUUGGGUUCUUUUUGAGUUGAUCGAAUACAACCUCCUUAGUCUUGUGUGCCAUAUUUUGAUCCUGUCUCUUGCGGUCUUGUUUCUGUGGUCCAAUGCUCAUACAUUUAUCCAUAAGACUCCGCCUCGCAUCCCACAAGUUCAUCUUCCAGAAGAGCCAUUUCUUCAGGUUGCUUCAGCACUGACAUAUGAAAUCAACCGAGGUUUUGCAGUCUUACGCAGUAUUGCAUCUGGAAAAGAUCUGAAGAAAUUUCUCAUUGUUAUAGCCGCCUUGUGGAUCUUGUCAAUUGUGGGGAGUUGGUGCAAUUUCUUGACCUUGUUUUAUACAACCUUUGUUUUCCUGCACACGGUACCAGUUCUAUAUGAGAAGUAUGAGGACAAGAUUGAUCCAUUUGCAGAGAAGGCUGCGAUUGAAAUGAAAAAGCAAUAUGCAGUUUUUGAUGCUAAGGUUUUGAGUAAGAUCCCAGUGGGUGCAUUGAAAGCCAAGAGGGUCUAGAGAGGCUGGUUGUGCUGUUUCAUGCAGACAAUUUUUAAUCAUGGGUUUGUAGGUUGUGAUUGCUCUUUAUAUUUUGCUAGAGCGCUGCCUUUUCUUUAGCCCCAACGAAUGUUUCCAACUGUUCCCUAUUGCAGUUUCAAACGACCUUGAAAGUUUUAUGUAAUGUUUGCAGGUUUAGCGCCUUAACAAGGGGUGACUUUUGAUGUUCUUCAAUUGUAGGUUGUACUUUGGUUAAUUGUAUAUCGUUUCACUCCCGUUUCGGACCAUUACGGUGCUUGGUACCCAAUGUAUUUGACAUUGGUUGAGUCUAAUAUUUGACAACAAACUGUAUGUUCAUCAACAUUAGACUAAAGACCAAAUUGAUGGAGUGAACUAUUUGUUUCAUUAAUGAGACAGAACAUUGUCAA